AUGAAACGUGCAAGCGACUAUGUCGGUAGCAAUGGCAACGAUAUCAACAAAAAGCCAAGAUUCACUCAACAGUCUUACGGUGACAGCUAUGGUCAGUAUGGUACGAUGAAUCCCACAACUGCUGCGAUGAUGAUGGCGCCGCAAUAUGCGACUUCAGCUCCCUUUUCUGGUCAAGCCAAUGCCGGUACCUCAGCAUUUCCUGGAAUGACCCCAUUUGGCGCCGUCAAUGGGUCAGUAUACAAUGCCGGUAUGGCCAAUUACAACGGAGCUCAAUAUGCUUCCAUGACCCCCACCGCUGGCAUGACCGGCGUUUAUCCGCCGACGGCAUUUGGCGCCUCGCCUUUCCUUGGAGCGGGUGCAGGCAUGCCAGGCACAUCCGCGGGCAACGAGCUCAGUCGAACCAUUUACCUCGGCAAUGUAACCAGUGACAUCAGUGCUACGGAGAUCCUGAAUCAAGUCAAGACUGGCCCGGUGGAAUCCAUCCGAAUUCUUCCCGAAAAAAGUUGUGCUUUUCUGGCCUUUGUCGAUACAGGCUCGGCACAAGCGUUUUAUCAAGAACAUCUUAGCAGGAAGAUGACGGUGAAUGGGACAGAUCUGAAAGUCGGAUGGGGUAAAUACAAUCCGCUUCCCAGCGCAAUACAAUUGGCCGUCCAGGCGGGAGCGUCACGCAAUGUGUAUCUGGGUCAUCUCGACGACAACAUCACCGAGACACAACUGCAGGAAAAUCUUUCCCGAUUCGGCCAAAUUGAUCAAGUCAAACUCAUCCGUGAGAAGCGAAUUGCCUUUGUCCACUUUCUCAGUAUCGCCUCGGCCAUGAAAUGCGUUACUACGCUUCCCACCGAAUCCGCCUGGGCCGGUAAACGGGUGAAUUACGGCAAGGACCGAUGUGCCUACAUUCCCAAAGCAGGUGGUACCGAUCCUUCCGGCUCUUACGGUAUGGGAUUCCAAUCUCCUUUCCAGGGCGCGUUUACCUUUGAUGCAUACAGUGGUAGCGGCAGCAAUGUGAAUCCGGCUUCCGCGAUGGUGUCAUCGGCUUAUGGUAUGCAAGCAGGUAACAUGAUGGCUACCACGCCCAUGUUGCGCACACUUUAUCUGGGCAACGUGUCGCCUGACGCGACGUGUGAGGACUUGUGCAACGUGAUUCGAGGCGGGUUGCUGUUUCAGAUCCGAUACCUUCAAGACAAGCAUAUUGCCUUUGUUACAUUUAUGGAUCCCAGUGCGGCUGUCAAUGUAUAUAAUCAAGCCAACUGCAACGGUUUGGUGGUGAAGAAUCGACGAUUAAAGGUGGGCUGGGGAAAACCUUCCUUGAUACCGGCCAAUGUAUGGGUUUCCGUUCAAAGUGGGGCGUCUCGCAACAUCUAUAUUGGCGGCGUGGAAGAUUCCAUGACGGAAGAAAAACUACGUGAAGAAUUUUCGCAAUUUGGCGAGAUCGAGCUCGUCAAUAUGCUCAAGGAGAAGAACUGUGCCUUUGUCAAUUUUACCAAUAUCCUCAAUGCCAUGAAAGCCUUGACCGCCAUCAAAUCGAAUCCGGCCUAUGCAAAAUACAAACUUAACUACGGCAAAGAUCGAUGUGCGAAUCCGCCUCGACGACCUCCGAACGGUCAGCAAUCCCAUCAACAUCAACAUCAGCAACCACAACAACCACAACAGCAACAACCAACACAAGCUGAUUCGAGCUCGACCGAUGGUUAUGUAACACUCGAUGAUCUUCACGAAACAGACGACCAUUAA